CAAAACCGGAACCGGAAGUCAAAAAUUCAAUAGGAGAAGACGAAGAGGCAUAAAAGGAGGUGCGUAAGUGAGUUAGAGUGAAAGUGAAGUUUCCAACCGUGUGUGUGGAGUUUGUGUUUGGGUGCAGACAUGUCGGGCAGCAGAAUGAUGAGAGCCAUCCGGGUCAGCGAGUUCGGAGCCCCGUCAGUCCUUAAAGUGGCGUCCGGUGUGAGCGUCCCUCAGCCCGGACAGGGAAAGGUGUUGAUUCGUGUUCAUGCCUGUGGAGUGAAUCCUGUGGAAACUUACAUCCGGUCUGGAACUUACGCCCGGAAACCCGCCCUGCCGUACACACCGGGCAGCGACGCAGCAGGAGUGGUGGAGUCUGUUGGAGAAGGAGUCACUGCAGUGAAGGACGGUGAUCGUGUUUUCACCACAGGCACUGAGUCUGGAGGUUAUGCAGAAUACACAGUCGCUGCUGAGGACUGCGUUCACAAGCUGCCUGAUGCUUUAGACUUCUCUCAGGGAGCAGCCAUUGGGAUCCCAUAUUUCACCGCCUACAGAGCUCUGGUUCACAAAGCUCGUGCCACCGCUGGAGAAACCGUCCUCAUCCAUGGAGCCAGUGGAGGGGUUGGAAUUGCUGCCUGCCAGCUCGCUCGUUCUAUGGGCCUCAAAGUUCUGGGAUCAGCAGGAACUCCAGACGGGAUGAAGCUGAUUACCAACAACGGAGCCCAUCUGGCUUUCAAUCACAAAGAAGAAGGAUACACUGAUAAAAUCAUGGCAGCCACAGAUGGCAAAGGUGUGGAUGUGAUUGUGGAGAUGCUGGCAAACGUGAACCUGAGUAAAGACCUGCAGAUGUUGGCCCAAGAAGGACGUGUGACGGUUGUUGGUUCCAGAGGUUCAGUCGAGAUCAAUCCCAGAGACACUAUGGUUAAAGAGAGUUGCAUCAUGGGAGUGGUCCUUGCCUUUGCUACACCGGAGCAGAACAGGCAGUGUGCAGCGCAGCUCUUUGCAGGGAUGGAGGCUGGUUGGCUGCGACCAGUCGUCGGUUCCAAGUAUCCGCUGGACAAAGCCGCCCAGGCCCACAAAGACAUCAUCGAGUCCUCUGGGGCUGCUGGGAAAAUCGUCCUGACUAUGUGAUGACAGCAGCAUGCUUCAGGUCUGAGGUCACAGAGAUGGAGCAACACAACUAAUUCAUGUGCUACACUCAGGUGUAACAUCUUUAAUUCAAAUCACAUUUGCACGUUACUGCAGUAAAGAGGAAAAUUGCACUUACACACAAUCCUAUAGUUUACUUUUGGGGAUAAAUGUAUAUGCUGACAUGAAGGUCAUUCCAUUUCAAUGAAUCACAUUUUUUCAAUAAUUUCUGUUUGUUUGCUUGAAUUUUUCAUAGCAGAAAAUAUUUACAUUGAUAAAGCUAUUUAUACAUUUUUUUUGCUUGAUUUAUCAAAACUUUCUGACAUUUUUUUUUUUUUUUUUAUAAAAGUUGCCCGUUGACCCACAGAUUGAUAUCUGUAUGAGCAACAUUUUCUCAGAAGCUACUUAGGAUAAAAGCCUGAAGUUUUCACAGGUUUUUUUUUGUCAUACUGUCAUGUGAUAUUGGACAAUUACAUCAAACAGUCUCUGAUCAUGGAGGAGUUGAAACAUGAAGCCGUCAGAGUUCCAUCUUUGAACACAUAUGAACAAAAAUAUUGAUCAUGCAGAAGUCUGGUAGUGAUACUUUUUGAGCCAUGUGUAGAUUUAAUAUCACAGUUAUGCAAAACAAAACAUGGAAUACUUUUAAAUAUUCAAUAAUACUCCAUCACAAAAUGAAAAAUUAUGAACUUUCUGAGGUGGUUGAGCAGGCGUGACCAGUCGAACCACAGAAACAAAUGCAAUGAUUGUUUGAAAAAAACCCCACUAAUAUUCAGAGAUUGCAUCUUCUUGUCCAGUGAUGUAUUUGAGGCUUUUAUCUUUAAUAGCCCCUGAGAUCUAUCUCCACACAGGAUAUGCUAAAUGGAUUCCGUUAGCAUUUAACUAUUCCAGUGUGAUAUGGAGACAAAGUGUUACGAUAAGGAGCAGGAGAGGACUGUUAGCUUCCCUUAUCUGCUUGGUUUGACCUGUAAAGAUGAGGACAAGGUUCAAAUGAAAGAUAUUAAAUAUUAACCGCCAUCUUUUGGAAAUGUAAAUAACGUUUUUGGCAGCUGAAAGCCAAGUGCACACCUGCUACUUUGUUAUUCGGUCAAGAGCAGGGCUGGCCAGCACCCAAGUCAUGUUAGAUUAGAUAAAGUUAAAAAUGAAUUAUCAAAAUUAUGUUUGCUUUUUCUGAAAGAGAAAAGACAUUUAGACAUGAAAAUACUCUAAAAAUCAAUGUUUGAACGCACAUUUAGCUUGUAAACGGAUUAAUAAACAGCUAAAAAUGACACAACAUGGAAAACGUACCUUUCAUUUUUGACUCUGCUCAUUAAAGUUCAGUUUUAUUGCACAUUGAUUCGAAUUUCAUCAUAAAAGUGCCAAAAUAAUUUCCAUUUGCACUAAUUUUUCUACUUUUUUAGUUUGACUGGUAGUGACAUAAUCGCUUGAAUUGUUGAAUGUAAACAAGAAAAUUGGGUUAAAAUGCUGAAUUUUCUGAAUAAAAAUGGUAUAUUCUGGAAAAGUAAAGCAUCUUUGAGCAAA